AUGCAGUAUAAGACGGCCCUUCUCUUGGCGUUUGCCUCUCUGGCCGCCGCUCAGACACCCAGCUUGAGUAACGCUCUGGGUUCUCAAAACUCGACGCUGUCGUCUCUGAAUGCUCUUCUUGUAUCCAACUCCGAAUUUUCCGAUUCCCUAAACGAGUUGCAGAACGUCACCAUUCUGGCCCCUAGCAACGAUGCUUGGAGUGCUCUGACUAGCAACCCUGAAACUUCCUUACUACUCACCAACUCCGAUUAUCUGCAGGCUUUUCUGAGUUACCAUGUCCUCAAUGGCACAUACUACAACGAUAGUUUUAAUGACGAACCAGUCUUCAUCCCCACGUUGCUGACCAACGAGUCAUACACCAACGUUACCGGUGGUCAGGUUGUUGAGGCCCGGCUUUACGAUAAUAACGUGACCUUCUUCAGUGCCAUGAAGGAGAAUGCCACCAUCAUCACCCCUAAUGUGAACUUCACUGGCGGUACAAUUCACAUUAUAAAUAGUUUCCUCGUUAUUCCCCAGAAUGUAACGGAGACUCUAUCCAACGCAAACCUCACUGCCGCUGAGGGUGCUGUCGACAUGGCCAAUCUGACUGACUCGGUGGUUGACACUCCUAACAUUACCAUCUUCGCCCCGAAUAACGACGCCUUUAACGCCAUUGGAAGCAUCAUUAGCAACAUGACUUCGGACCAGUUGACUAACAUUAUCGGCUACCAUGUCAUCAACGGCUCCGUCAACUAUAGCUCAGAAAUGCAAAAUACGACGCUUACUGCCGCCAACGGACAGAACAUCACCAUCACCGUGGUGAACGGUACUGUAUAUGCUAACUCGGCAAAAAUCACGGUUCCCGAUAUCUUGCUGGAGAAUGGCGUCGUCCACGUAGUCGACCAAGUCUUAAACCCAAACAACACGUCUGCGGCCCCCGACACAACAGCUACGUCAGCUACACCUGCGUUCACCGACGCCAGCACCGCACCUGAAGGUGUACCUUUCACUAGUGGCGUUACAACCCCUACUACCACUUUCCCCGCCGCCACAUCAGCAGGCGGUCCGGCAGAGACAACUACUUCAGAAGCCGCAGCUAUGCCCAUGAAGACUGGUGCUGUUGGCGCUGCUGCUCUCUUUGGCGGUGCAGCCAUUAUCGUAAACUUGUGA